AUGCUCUCUCUCAUCGCUCCAGCCCUCCUUGCCUCUGUCGCUCGUGCCCAGGUCAUCGCCACGGGUGCCAACGGCGCGACCAACCCCGAUGCGCCGGCCUUCUACCCCAUCGGCGCCCAGGUCAACCAGACCUCGUACUCGCGCCUGAUCACGAUCAACAGUGUCGACGACUUUUGCGUCUACGCGCCUCCUGAGCCUGGACCCGACUCGCUCAUUGGUAACACCGAGGCCAUCGAGGUCGCGUGGUGCACCAAGCCUCGCAACGGUGCUCGGGAUGCGGCACCGGCACGGCCCCUGUUGCCAAGCAUCCCGGUGUCCCAAGCGUCCCGAUGCGACCCCCCCCAAGGCCCCCAACACGGCCCCAGCACGCACCCAGCACGCACCCAGCACGCACCCCUCCCCGUCCAAGCCCAAGAUCCAGCACAUGCUAACAACACCGCCCACAGCCUCAUCCCCGACGGUGUGAUCAAGAGCGCGCACUUUAUCAAGACUGCGGCGUACGCCCAGGUGUACGGCACAUGGGACGGCACAAAAAUCAACAUUGUGGCGGGCGACACUGGUGGCGAGCUCGACCCGCACGGCGCCGAGAACCUGGGCAACCCGAUCGGCGGCAACGUGACGUCCAACUGGGGCGGCUCGGACGUCUUUUACGAGGAAUGGAUGUCGUUUGUGUCGUCGACGACGUUUUGUUUCCGCGUGUGCACGGCCGUGGUCAACGGCGUCACCACGGCCGAAGAGUGCGAGCACAAGCUCGACCUCUUGGGCUGUGGGUGGGUCAUGGCGAUUCCCAACGACGCGGCCGACCCGGGAUUCACGUCGUGUGACGGCGACGUGGCGGUCGCGCCCGGCCGCUACCCCUUGCCCGACGGGUCGACGUCGACGUUUGCCCAGCGGUUCACGUACACUGCCAACGGGACGCCCGUGACCAUUGGCCAGACGGCGACGCCCGCCGCGCCGGCGCUGUACCCGUCCACGUCCAACUGCGUCACCUACUCGACCAUUGCCAACGGCGUCGACCCGGCCAACCUCAUGGUCACGGCGGCCCCGACGCUGCUCCAGUCGGGCUCGAGCGUCGUCGUCACGGGCGUCGGCUCCACCACCAUGGCCACCACCACCGCCGUCGUCUCGCCCGUCGUCGCCAGCUCGGGCAACAACACCAACGCCGUCGCAGGCGCCGCGGACGCUACCGGCGCGGCAGGCGCGAGCUCGGGUGCCGGUUCGGGAUCGGGCUCGUCGUCGUCGGGCGGCGCCAGCGCCUCGUCCACCGGCGCAAAGUCGGGUGCGCUCGGCACGACGUCGGUGAACACGGGUCUCGUCGGUGUGGUCGUCGGCGCCAUCCUCGUCGGCGCCGCCGCCGUCUUCUAA